AUGGCAUCAGCUGAAAUGGACAUCGACCCUCCAGUGGGAGACAACACCACUCCAUCACAAUCAGGAAAUUCAGAAGCAAAGACGCAAGCCGGAGCUGUCGCAGUCCGAAGUAUUGAAGGAUGGAUCAUUAUCGCUACGAAUAUCCACGAAGAGGCUUCCGAAGAGGAUGUGACUGAUCUCUUUGCUGAGUAUGGAGAGAUCAAGAACUUCAACCUCAACCUCGAUCGUCGUACUGGUUAUGUCAAGGGAUACGCAUUAAUCGAAUACUCGACUCUUCCCGAAGCAAAAGCUGCCAUCGACGCCCUCAAUGGCGCCAAACUACUCGACCAGACCCUCAGUGUGGACUAUGCCUUUGUACGACCGCCUCCAGGAAACAAAGGCAAAGGUGGUGGCAAUCAGAGAGGAGGGCGCGGUGGACGAGCACGCAGCAGGAGUCGCGAGCGCAGUCGCAGCCCUGGAGCCGACAAUGGGAAGGAUUAAAAAAGUGUCUUGCGGAUAAAGCGAUGCGUUCAUUACUCUUCCUUAGCGGAGGAAUGCGACAACUCGCGAAUGGAUCAAGAAUUCCUGUUCAAUUCCGAAUAAUACUACAUACGAGGCAUUGCUCACAAACAAGAGCCAGCCUUGUAUAUACGCCGGCGGUCUCCCCAAUUUGCAAAGUCUAGAGAAGGCUUCACGAUAUAUGGGGAGUCUUGUCGGCACGCAAAAUACCAAAACAAAAUUCCUAACAAAAAGAUGCCUAUGGUAGGCAAAAUAUGCGAUAGGCCCUAGAAGAUUUAAUA